AUGGGCGUGUCGGACGAGCCCGUGGACGAGAUGGGGGACCCGCCCAUGCGCAUGGGCCUCGUGGACGGCAAGGCGUGGCCCGACGUCUACGCCUUCAUGCGCAAGUUCGAGCUCGCGCACCCGGGCCGCCGCAUCAAGCUCGUGAUCCUGCUGCGCCACGGCGAGGCCACGCACAACGCCACCAAGGCGCGCGUGGGCGACAAGCUCUGGGAGCAGCAGUACGAGAUGCGCCCCGAGUUCAUCGACGCCCCCCUGACGGCGCAUGGCAAGGAGCAGGCGGACGCCGCCGCGUUCAUGCUCGAGAAGCAGAUCGCCAAGUGCGGGCUCGAGCUGCAGCGCGUGUUCGUGUCCCCGCUGGACCGCACGCUGCAGACGUACGACCGCGUGUUCGCGCACCUGCGGGACAUCCCCGUGUCGGUCGUGGAGCUCGCGCGCGAGACGCUGGGCGUCGUCAACUGCGACCGCCGCAAGCUGCUGACCCCCAAGCAGGCCGCGUACCCGCAGCUGGACUUCGACCACGUGGCCAGCGAGAACGACACGUGGUGGCGGCCCGACCACCGCGAGACGAGCGACGAGAUCGCCGCGCGCGCCGCCGAGUUCCUGGACGAGGUCUUCUAUGAGUCCCCCGAGAGCUGCGUGCUCGUCGUGUCGCACAGCGGCUUCAGCCGCGGCUGCUUCGCGGCGGUGGGCCACCGCUACUACCGACCGAGGAACGCCGAGUUCAUCCCGCUUCUCAUCACGGACGCCACCGAGGAGGAGCUGCAACAGGACGCAUAG